AUGUGGAAGAUAAUCAACAGGAAGAUAAUCAGGAACUGGGAUCAUGAAGCUACAGCAAUUGGGAUCAUGUACCUUACAAACCAUCCACAUUUCCUCAAAAAAGCCAAGGAAUUUUCAUUAGAAGAAGUAUCUAGUAUGAAGCAUCCCGUUGAGCUGUUGAAAGAAGUGAAGAAGGUUUCUUUUACAGCUAUUGUCCAUGUUUUUAUGUGCUCUUGUAAUCAUAACGUUGUUAAAAAGAUUGAAAGUUUAUUUGAGGAUUUGGUGAAUGGCUUGAACUCUCUUCCCAUUAAUGUUCCUGGUUUUACUUUUCACCAAGCACUCAAGGCACAAGAGAAGAUAGUGAAAAUAUUAGAACCUGUUGUGAGUGAAAGGAGGAUGAAGAUAAAAAAUAGGCAACAUAUGGGAGAGAAAAAGGAUUUUAUGGAUAUUCUAUUAGAUAUGAAAGAUGUGAAUGGUAGAAAAAUGAAGGACGGAGAUAUUAGUGAUUUAUUAAUAGGACUAUUAGCUGCUGGACAUGAAUCUACAGCAACUGGGAUCAUGUGGACUAUCAUAUACCUUACAAACCAUCCACAUUUCCUCAAAAAAGUCAAGUUUUGCUCGCCAGUGUGCCUAACUUUGGUUGAAGACCAGGGAGAUGCAUGGCUACCCCCUUAG